AAUCAAAAGCUGUCGACGCGGGCAUACUUAGACGUUUCUGUGGAUAUUUAUCAUAGUUUUGAUUUAUUUUCUACGAUAUUUGAUUCGUUUUAAGCACCGAAGGAAAGAUAAAGAGGAUCAAAGAUGGCCACAGCUCAAGGAGGAGGGAAAGUUGAAAAUUCUCAAACCUCCGCUAAAGCUGUCCUACGAAUCAAACGAAAACGAAGUUCUGAUCCCGCAGACAUACUUCUGGUAUCUCAUGCUUUCAAAAAGAAGUACACAAAUGAAGAUCACCUGGCAUCGACAAAUUCAGCUGUUCAACGAAUAUUUCGACUGGCAGGAACAGUUUCUGAAAAUACGGACAAGGAGAUUUUGACAAAACUCGCCUCCAUCAACAGUCACAAAUCGAAAGUAAAAGAAAAUCCGAAAAGUGAAUUGACUGUGGACUCGAUUUGCGAGAAGUUAAAGGACACGAAAAAAUUAUCCAGGCAAACAUCACGAUAUAAAAUAGUAUCGAAACAAAGGGACGUUGAAGAAAAUGAGGAGAAAGCCUGCGACGAGGUAGAUGGCUCGGCCCUUGAGAUGCUACGACUGUACCAGUUGUAUGAUGUUGUCUUGGACAGUACUGAGCACAGAGAUGAAGAAGUAUAUUCUGAUAAAGAAGAUAUUGAUCCAAAUGCUAUCCUUUGCAAUUCUGUGAAAAUGAUUCGCGAGAAACUAAAAAUCACUGAAGGUGCCAAAAGUAAUUUGGAUAUUCUCGAAGGGGAUUACGUUUAUGAUGUUUAUUGUGCGGAUGACAAUUUUGGAGUAUUGUCCGAGAUCCUGGACAUCGUCCACUUGAAUGAAAACGAGCUUGUCAAUGAACUCUCCGAUGAUGAAACGAACAUUUACGAUGAUGACGACGAUUCAAAUGACGAGAGUAAUUGGCGAAAUGAUUAUCCUGACGAAGAGGAAUGGAGUGGAAGUUCAGAAGAUGAUAAUGCCCGUUACAGAAACCAUUAUUACGAUUACGGUUAUAAAGAUCGGACGUCUUCAAGGGACUCAUCAAGCGAUGAUUAUUUCGAUUACUAUGGAAUGGAAAAGGAUGAAUACGAUACAGAAAUCUUUGAUGAAGAACGUUGAUCAGCUAUAUCGUGGAUCGCUCGAGAUUUACCAUAGUUACAGUGGCUUCGACUUUGAACUACGGAAAGCUCACAUAGAAAGAGAUAAGUGUCUGUUGACGUAGUUUACGAAUUGUUUUGUUUAUAAACUUAAUGAGAAUGACGACAGUACGUCAGAUUUACGUUAACUAGGGAGGGGGGGAGGUAAGUACUCAUGAAAUUCCUUUAUGAAUAACUCUAAAAAAUUCCUAACAGACACUUCUAGACUUUCCGAUUCUACACCACCAAUGUAAAUUAUUCUCCCUCGCCAUCUAAAUAUAGAAUUCAACUGGUAGCAUAAUUUUCUUGGGUGUCACCCAACAUAAUAUUGCCUAUGACGGAAGACGCCAUUUGAUAAUUGGUCAUAUUUACAGUCUUACACGCAAACGGAUGUGUUGCUGUUGGGGCACUUCAGUAAAACUACUUAUAGCUCCAAAUCAAAAGUUCUUUGAGUGAUGCACAAAUGCUAGAAUUGUAAAAUUUUGCUUUGGUCAAAUAUAAAUGACUGCGAGUGAAUUUAACGAUAACCAUUAUUACCAUACUACCUUCCCCUGAAUACUCGCCCGAAAAAAAUGUGCUUCACUUUGAAAAAGUGGCGAUCUGAAUUACGUCUGUCAUUCUCGGCUUAAAGAACAUGCUUAGUGAUCGGAGAAUGCCUAAACUCGUCCUUUUAACCGUUGAUUAGUUAGAUUUUGUGCCAUUGGAAAUUUCAUUAAGAUGCACGAAAUAAAAUGUUUUUGCGUAUCCUUGAUGGGUCCGCUCAUGUCUAAA